GAAAGUGUGUGUGCAGGAGAGGAGUCGAGCAGAGAGAGCUGCUUUUUCAUGAAACGGGAGUAAAGUAGUGAACUUACAGGAACAUAUACCACUACCAACGUUUGGAUCGAUAUCUGCAUCGAUCUACACACCCUUGUCUCCUGGAUCGUAGCCGAGAUCAGCGUGAACCACGUGGGUCUCUGCUCCCUGAUCUGUUUCUUAAGACUUUCAGCUUCAUCACGGAGUUUCUCUCGGUUUGUGGGCUCAUCUAAAGCUGAGCAACAGGAGUCUGGUGGUGCAACAGAGGAACAAUUUCAUCCAUUUGGACUCAGCUCAGCCACUACAGAGGAAACAAUCAAUGAGUUCAACACAAAAGGACCAACAUGGAGCAAGAAGUCAGCGCUCUCAGGAGGCCGACAAACCUCACAGAAGAAAGGGAGAGAAAACCUACAGCUGUGAUGAGUGUGGGAAGAAUUUUACCCGGACUGGACAUUUAAAAACACACCAACUCGUCCACAGUGGAGUUAAAGCUUACAGCUGUGAUGAGUGUGGGAAGGAUUUUACCCUGGCUGGAAGCCUAAAAAGACACAAACUCCUCCACAGUGGAUUUAAACCUUACAGCUGUGAGUUGUGUGGAAAGUCUUUUACCGAGGCUGGACACUUGAAAAAACACCAACUCAUCCACAGUGGAGUUAAACCUUACAGCUGUGACUUGUGUGGAAAGUCUUUUACCGAGGCUGGACACUUGAAAAAACACCAACUCAUCCACAGUGGAGUUAAACCUUACAGCUGUGACUUAUGUAGAAAGUCUUUUACCCAGUCUGGACACUUGAAAAAACACCAACUCAUCCACAGUGGAGUUAAACCUUACAGCUGUAAAUUGUGUGGAAAGUCUUUUACCCAGGCUGGAGGCUUAAAAACACACCAACUCAUCCACAGUGGAGUUAAACCUUACAGCUGUGACUUGUGUGGAAAGUCUUUUACCGAGGCUGGACACUUGAAAAAACACCAACUCAUCCACAGUGGAGUUAAACCUUAUAGCUGUGACUUAUGUGGAAAGUCUUUUACCCAGGUUGGACACUUGAAAAAACACCAACUCAUCCACAGUGGAGUUAAAGCACACACCUGUGACUUGUGUGGAAAGUCUUUUACCGCGGCUGGAGGCUUAAAAACACACCAAUUCAUCCACAGUGGAGUUAAACCUUACAGCUGUGAGUUGUGUGGAAAGUCUUUUACCCGGGCUGGAAACUUAAAAAGACACCAACUCAUCCACAGUGGAUUUAAACCUUACAGCUGUGAGUUGUGUGGAAAGUCUUUUACCCAGGCUCAAACCUUAAAAAAACACCAACUAAUCCACAGUGGAGUUAAAUCUUACAGCUGUGAGUUGUGUGGUAAGACCUUGGCUCAAAAUAGCAGCUUACAGAAGCAUCUAGUUACCCACUCUGGAAUUAAGGCGUACAGCUGCGACUUUUGUGGAAAAAGUUUCAGCGACAAACAAUACCGAAAUAUUCACCUGCGGAUUCACACUGGAAAUGAUGUUUACUGCUGUGAUCAGUGUGGGAAACCAUUUACAACAGAUGCACAAUUACAACAACACAUUUUUAGCCACACUGAGGAGAGACCUUAUAAAUGUGACCUGUGUGAGAAGACUUUUAAAGCUCCAAAUCAGCUGAAAAAACACCAACAGAUCCACACCAGAAAGUAACUCUAGAAGUGCAGUUACUGUGAGAAGCAGAGUGACGAAACAUGGAUCCAUUUCUCAACCCUGUCGUCACUGUGGUGGUGGGAAAGAGUUUCUCUUUGACCUUUGUGGAAAAACCUUCAAUCAUGAACAGGACCUAAAACCACAUCAACGUAGACACACUGGAGGCAAAAUGAACGACUGCAAAGAAUGUGGGAGAGGCUUCCACACACCAAGUACAUUAAAAAUACAGGAACUCUUCCACAGUGGGGUCAAAAAGCACAUCUGUGACUAGUGUGGGUCAUCCUUCACCUCUGCACGUGAGCUUAAAGAAAAAGCAUAAGAGAAUCCACACAGAAGAGACACCAUACAAGUGCAGACACUGUGACAAAAACUUCUCACAAUCAGGUUAUCGUAACAAACAUGAACGUACACACAUGGAAGUGAACGUCAGCUGUGACCAGUGUGACAAGCGCUUCGGGAAUCUCAGUUCAUACUCCGAACACAAACGAUCCCACGCUGUAAAUAAACUGUUUCACUGUUACCAAUGUGCAAAAACAUUCACUUCAUUAUCUGCUCUGUGCAAACAUCAGCCUGAUCAUGCAGGACUGAAAUCACUGGAUCACAAUGAAUCUGAAGAGAGAGAAAGAUCCUCUUCUGGUUUCAGGUCAGACUUAAAAACCUCGAGAUCAGGCUCCACAAACUUCAGAUGGAAUCUCCUGUAAAGAGUGUCAGCUGAUGUCACACUUGGAUCUGAUGAGGUAGCUCUGAUUUCUGGACCUGCAGUGAAUAAUCCUGAAUGUUACAUUUAGGAAGCUGCAUGUAUAGAUAUGUAUAUCAAGUUUAUGUUUUUUCCUUUUAGGGAUUUGAAUUCUCUAAAAUGUUAUCCCUGUUACAUUUUAACUUUUGUUCCCUUAGGACACAGUAGUAUUUAGUAGUUGUACUUGUUAUUGUAUUAUUAAAGUUAUAGGAAUGUCUUUUUUACUUUUUUACUCAAGCUAAACUGGUUUUGGGCUGUACUUCCAUGUAAUACCAGUUUGUACCAGAAGAUGAAGCAGUGAGUCAGUGUAACCUUUAUUCAGUUAGGCAAAGACCACAAUCUUAUUCACAUUCGCAGCAAAGAAAUGUUGAAAGUUACAAACAGCAGCACACAUCAGGACCAUUUUAAAGAUCACAGGCGACUACUUUUACUUAAUUCAAAUUCUGUUAAACCUCAAUUUUUUGCUCCUCCUUUCACUUUAGUGUAUUUAGUCCUUGAAGUCCACAUGUUGUUUUUUAAUGAAUUUUGAUCCACAUGUUUGCAGCUGUUUUCUUGUUAAUUUAAAGUUUGUAUUAUGAAAUCAUGAUAAUGUUAAAGUGUUAGUUAUAUUUGUGUUAUUUGUGUAGAGUUUUUCCUAUUAAACAGUUUGGUGUGAAAAAUAAAGAAAUGGUCUGAGAACAAGUCGUUUGAGCCAUGAUUUCAGGUUCAAACUAAUUUAACUGUUUUCAGUGGUACAUGUGGAGGUUUAUCACAGGAGGAGUCUUGGCUGUUCUCCACUCACAC